AUGUCGGUCCUCUUUGGACGCAAGACGGCUGGAACUAAGCUCAGUACGAUCAACUAUGCGCGUGGCCUAGUCGUGUGGUUGUACAUCAUCUCGUGGACAUUCUCAUUGAUCGCCGCCAUGUUGGUCCAGACCAACAACUUUAACGCAAUCUCGUGCACCAUGUCCGUCUACAUGUGUAUUACCCUCUAUGCCAUCUCCAAGAUUAUCAUUUACCUCUUCCUCAUGGAGAAGGUCUAUGUCGUCACGGCCGUCGGAACCACCCGCGCCAACUUUAUGCUGUAUAGGGUAAACUUGGCGCUGCUUGUGCCUUACAUGGGAAUAUUUGGCCUGAUGAUUGUCUACCGCGUCUCUGAGGUGUCAGACAACGGCGAGUGCAAAAUCGGUCUCUUGCCACCUGCCUCAGUGACUCUGAUCAUCUACGAUAUCUUCAUCUCGAGUUGGCUGACUCUUCUCUUUAUUCGCCCAUUGAUGUCGUCGACUUCGCUCCUCCAAGGCCCUUCCAAGGGCAAGCUCCGCGAUGUGGCCCGUCGCACACUGAUGGGAUCUCUCAUGGCUCUUGUCCUCAGUACCGGAAACGUCUUCACCCUGGUGCUCUUCAAGGGUUAUGAACGCGGUCUCAUCUGUCUGGCCUCUUGUACUGUCGAUGUCACACUCAACGCAAUCACCGUCCAUUGGGUGACCUCUCGCGGUGGUGGACGAUCGGUCAACAACCUCAUUGAGAGGUCCUCGGGCGAUCGUCGGCAGCAGCCCCAGAGCUUCAUGACGCAGUCCGAGAAGCAGGUCGCUCCUCUUGACUCGCACGUCUCUGUCACCGUCGAGAGCUACGUAGAGCAGUACCACCAGCAAACAAGCGCCGGUUCCUCAAGCGCUCCUAGUUACUAA